AUGUCUCCCGCUAUGGCCACCAUGCCCGACUUCGCCGGUAUCAUCAUCGACGAGCGUUACCAACUCCUCAAGGUCCUCGGCUCCGGCACGUACGGUGUCGUCUACCAGGCCCUCGACUUCCACCCCACCGCCGAUCCCACGCUGCCCUACAAGGCGGUCAAGAUCGUCUCAAAAAUCGGACGUCACAACUCCCAGCUCGCAGCGGUGCGCCGGGAGAUCGCGCUCCAGGGCGUUGUCUCCCCGCACCCGAACGUCGUCACCCUCCACGACGCGUUCGAGGACGACGAGUUCUUCUACAUCAUCCUCCAGUUCUACCCCGGGGGCGACCUCUUCGACCACAUCUGCGACAAGCGGACGUACGUGUACAACGACGCGCUUCUGCGCUCGGCGUUCGUGUCGCUCGUGGACGCCGUCCAGGCGUGCCACGACGCGAAGAUCUACCACCGGGAUCUCAAGCCAGAGAACGUCCUCACGAACGGGGACGGCUCCGAAGUCUACCUCGCAGACUUCGGGCUGGCGACCGACCGGACCAUCGUGAAUGAGUUCGGUUGUGGCACCACGAUCUACAUGAGUCCUGAAUGUGCCGGCAGAGAAUUCGGCUACAAGCCCUUCUGCGCGCGCUUCAGCGACGUGUGGUCACUGGGAGUCAUCCUGAUCAACAUGAUCAGCGGGCGCCACCCGUGGGCGAAGGCGACGCUCGAGGACGAGUGCUUCGUGAACUUCUGCCAGGACCCGGACUUCCUGCUCGACAUGCUGCCGAUCUCCGAGGGCGCGAACGACAUCCUCCAGCGCACGCUCGCGCUCAACCCGCUCCAGCGCAUCUCCCUCCCCGAGCUCCGCGCGGAGAUCCUCGCGCUCGACACGUUCUUCAUGUCCGAGGAGGAGCUCGCGGACGCGAACGAGUUCGCGCAGAUUGCCGCCGCCGGGCUCAAGAAGGAGCAGGAGGCCCACCAAAACGAAAACGACAAGAGCGAAGAGCGGGCGACUGCUGCUUCAAGCACAGGCCCACUCCCUACAUCUAUGACGACGGGGGCUCCUACCUGGUCGUUUGGCUCGGGCCUGUAG